UCCCCUCGAGCAGUAUCUCUACUAUUUAUCCACACGACACCUCUACCAUUGCUCCCAAGGACCUUUUUUGCUAUCAACGGAUUUGUCUCGACUCAAUCUCAACAUCAAGGAUCUACGUUCCCCUGAAAGAAUUCUCCAUUGUCAAAUAACCUUAAAAAAUACGCUGCACCAUCGGCUCUCCGCCUCAUACCCCGAAGAUCGUCUGCCGUCCGUCAUGGAAUCUCCUAGGAAGGAGUUGAUGCUUCACUUGGGCGGAAAAUACUCUGAUCUAACCAUCAGAUGUAACUCAAGAGAAUACAACGUUCACCGUGCCAUACUCUGCUCACGCUCUGGAUUUUUCGAUGGAGCAUGCAGCAACCAAUUUCGGGAAGCCCAAACAGGGGUGAUUGAUCUAAGUGAGGAAGAUGGAGACGCGGUCGAGCACAUGAUCCACUACUUCUACUACUUAGACUACCUGAUCCCCGAGGAUGAGGAGGAGCCAGUUUCUCCUGUCUUCCGUCAUCGUGCGCAGGAAGCCCUCAGGCAACGAUCCCAAAAGCUCGAUCUGUCACAAAUUGUCGACCCCCUUUUUGCUCAAGCGGCCGCCUGCGCCCCACUCACGCCAGUCACGCCGACAGAAAGUGUCGACCCUCUUUCUCAUCCCAGACAUGACUCGAGCGUCACCCAUUCGCCGCGUGGAACAAGCCCCAAAGGCAAAACAGGACUUCGCGGUACCAGUGCAGGCACCACUCCAAACUCUGGUUCUGAUUGCGACUCUGAAGAGGAUGAGGAUUGCGAGUACGAGACUGAUGACUCGAAUCUCCUCAUACACACCCGCGUCUAUGCAUUGGCCGAGAAGUACGAUAUACCCGCUUUGAAGAUUCUCGCAAAAAGCAAAUUCGAGAUGGCCAUGGCUUGUUAUUACGACUCACCAGAGUUCGCCGAUACCAUUGAGGAAGUCUACUGCUCGACCAUUGACAACGAUCGUGGACUCCGGGAUGUCGUUCUUCAAGCUUUCAGAAGUCAUCCCCAGCUCGCCAGUACCCAGGACGUCUUCAGUGUCAUCAAGCGCACUCCCACCCUGGCCUUUGAGCUGUGGAAGACUGAGAGAGGUAUCCCAGUCUGAAGCUGUAUGUGUCUGAUGAGCGUGAUUGGCUCACGAUCACAAAAACCAAUAUAUCGCUACCACUGAAGGGAUCAAGCGAACCGCGCUGCACAGCGUAGCUCGCUGCGUGUCGACUGAUACCAUAACUUUCCGCUUGGUGUACGCGCAUAUCC